GACUACAAUCCCCAGCAGCGCUUUAUCUCCCAGGCUCCCUUGCUGCUGCAAAGCGGGAGGUCGGCUGCAGGAAGGAUUUGCAAGAUUUGCAGCGUGGUCUGCGCGCAAAAGCCUCGGAUGCGCACUCUGCAAAAACUGGUUCCAAUGACCUUGCAAGAUCUGACCGGCAUUUUCGGAGACAGGGACGGAGUGCUGCUGCAAAGCUGAGCCUUGCAUGGGAGCGUCAUGGAGGAAAAUGACGAGAACGUGGCUUGCCUGGGAAAUGCCAUCGGGGAAGAGAACAUUUGUAAUCUGUGUGGGAAGUGUUUUACUGGGAAACUUGAUCUUGUCGAACACCGGAGAGUCCAUCAUGGACACAAACCGCACAAAUGCCUGCGGUGUGGGGAAAAGUUUGCUGUAUGGUGCCAACUGGUGAAACACAAGAGGAUCCACAAAGGGGAGAAGGCCUACAAACGCCCUGAGUGCGAGAAGACUUUUACCUGCUUAGAAAACCUUAGGAUCCACCAGAGAGUUCAUGCCGGGGAGAAACCUUACAAGUGCAUAGACUGUGGGAAGUGUUUUGCCACCAACUUUAAAUUGGUGAUCCACCAGAGAUCCCACACUGGGGAGAAACCUUAUGAAUGCACAGAUUGUGGCAAAUAUUUUUCCCAAAAAGCUUACCUUGUGAUCCACCGGAGAGCCCACACUGGGGAGAAACCUUAUGGAUGUGGGGAGUGUGGCAAAUGUUUUUCUCAAAAACUUCUCCUUGUGCUCCACCAGAGAUCCCACACUGGGGAGAAACCUUAUGGAUGUGGGGAGUGUGGCAAAUGUUUUUCUCUAAAAGCUCACCUUGUGAUCCACCAGAGAUCCCACACUGGAGAGAAACGUUACGAGUGCAAUACGUGUGGGAAAUGGUUUGCUGAGAAAUCUACUUUCAGGCUACACCAGAAAGUCCACACUGGAGAGAAACCUUUCAAGUGCCUAGAGUGUGGCAAAUGUUUUUCACGUAAAGUGCACCUUGAGAGGCAUCAGAGAUCCCACACUGGAGAGAAACCUUAUGAAUGCACCGUGUGUGGAAAAUGGUUUGCUGAACAAUUUCAUCUCAGGCGCCACCAGAAAGUCCACACUGGGGAGAAAGCUUACAAGUGCAUAGAGUGCGGCAAAUGUUUUUCUCAAAAAACUAACCUCGUGUCUCACCACCGGAGAGUCCACAUGGGAGAGAAACCUUACAAAUGUCUAGACUGUGGGAAGGGCUUUGCUGAAAAUGGUGAAUUGUUGAACCACCAGAGAGUCCACACUGGAGAGAAACCAUACAAAUGCAUGGAGUGUGGGAAAAGUUAUGGUUCCCGUUCAGCUGCUUUGGUACACAGUAAAAUCCACACUGGAGAGAAACCCUAUGAAUGCACAGUGUGUGGGAAGUGGUUUGCCAACCAGUCUUCCCUCAGGCAACACCAGAAAGUCCACACUGGAGAGAAGCCUUACGAGUGCAUGGACUGUGGGAAGAGUUUUGUCUCCAACUCUACAUUGGCGAUCCACCAGAGAUCCCACACUGGGGAGAAACCUUACGAGUGCACCGUGUGUGGAGAAUGUUUUCAACGCAACUCACACCUCGUGAAACAUCGGAAAAUCCACACAGGGGAGAGAAAUCCUAAGUGCCCUGAGUAUGGGAAAUGUUCUGCUGACAAGUCUAUCUUGGUCGUCCACCAGAGAGCCCACACGGGGGAGAAGCCAUAUAAGUGCGCCGUGUGUGGGAAAGGUUUUACUUACAGUGCGAGUUUUAGAAAGCACCAGAUAAUUCACACUGGAAAGAAAUGUGAGAACACUCACUUGAGAAUGGGGCAUCCAGUAUCUGGCGUAAGGUCCAGUGCCCCCCCAUAGGAAAAUUAGUGUCUUAAGAAACAAAGACAUGAUAUUAUGAUGAGAGCUGAUCGGAAGAGCUGUGUGAUAUUUGAUGGGUUCAGGAUGGUGAUGGUGGUGCAACUACUCAGAUUGCUGGGAUCCUUUGAUGGUGAAAUGAAAUCACGAAUGUAAUCUAGAAUUGUAUAUUGAACAUAGCUUUAGGUGUGUUUCUUCACAUCCUCCUCAUUUUUGAGGCUGUCCCUUUGUGCAUUUGUACUUCAAUAAAGGCCUGUCUUUU